AAGAAGAGAGCCUGUAUUUACGCGCUUGUCAGAAUCAAACAAAGAAAACAUGGAUAUUUCAAGCACCAGUAGCUCCAGUUCCAGUUCCAGCGAUGAAGAAAUUAUUGUUCUGUUGAAUGCUGAAAGACGCCGGAAAAGACGCCGAUUUUGGGUACAUCCCAUAAAUACGAGAAGAGAAGAACAUGGGGAGUUUUAUCGACUGAUACAAGAGCUGAAAAUGUAUCAUGAGCGUUUUCGGGGAUAUUUUAGAAUGUCCGUCAGUGAGUUCGAAAAUUUACUUCAACAACUGGCUCCCUCGCUGACGAAAGAACAGACACACUACCGUAAACCAAUCGACCCAGAACAGCGUUUGGCCGUGUGUUUACGUUUUCUAAGCACUGGGGACUCGUACCGCACUAUUGCGUCCAGCUUUCGACUUGGUGUGUCAACUGUGGCUUCGAUAGUGAGAGAAACCUGUGAUGCAUUGUGGCACUGCCUCAGAGAUGAACAUUUGCCUGUGCCUACUGAAGAGAUGUGGAGGAGUACAGCCAGGAGAUUCCAUGAAAGAUGGAAUUUCCCUAACUGCUUGGGAGCCAUGGAUGGGAAACGCAUAUCCAUCCAGGCAACUGCAAACUCUGGUUCUCUCUACUUUAAUUAUAAAGGUACAUUCUCCGUUGUCUUGCUGGCCUUAGUUGAUGCAGAUUACCGCUUCCUGAUGGUUGAUGUGGGGAGCUAUGGCAGCAACAGUGAUGGAGGAAUCUUUGCCAAUUCUGGACUAGGAAAGGCACUCAGAGAUGGAACUCUGAAUGUUCCCCCACCAAGUGAACUUCCAGGUGCUCCUGAGCUCGGAAAAGUUAACCAUGUCAUUGUAGCAGAUGAAGCUUUUCCGCUGAAACCAUAUCUCCUCCGGCCAUACCCUGGACGCCGCCUCCCCACAGACAAGAGAGUUUUCAAUUAUCGUUUGUCUCGGGCACGGCGCAUCUCUGAAAAUGUAUUUGGCAUCCUCAGUCAACGCUUCCGGGUUUUCCAAAGAACUUUACAGGUUCAACCAAGUGUUGUUGACAAAGUUGUCAAAGCUGCUUGUGUAUUGUGCAAUUAUUUGCGCCCGAAAGGAGAAGACCAGAAUCAUGCCACAGAAGAUGACCGUGAUUGUGAGCAACCACUACAAGGCUUUGAACAUUGUAGAGGGCAGCGGGCAUCUGUGGAGGCCCAAAAUGUCCGAGAACUGUACAAAGAGUACUUCAACUCACCAGCAGGAGAAGUUGCUUAGCAGUAUGAACAUGUGAACCAUGCUCUGGGGAACAGAUGAUAUCAACCUGAAAAUUUGAGCCAUUUUAAUUAUAUUUUCCAUUGUGAAAACCGCUAGUGUAUGUGUAUAUAUGCAAUUUCUUUGAACUUGAAUACACUAUCAAAUCUAUUGCAUCUGAUUCUUCAUUAAUUAAUAUGGCAGCACUCACCACAACAAAUUAAACAUUUUUGAUAUAUGUUCUAGCAAAGUUAAAGCGUGUUUUUUUUGUAAAAUGUAAAGUAAUUUGGUCACUUCAACAUAUACUUAUUUACAACUAAAUGUAAGGUGUACGUUUUAAAGUGUGUCAUUUUAAUAAACAUUUUUACUAGCUUUUUCUUUAAGAUGUUCUCAUUCCCUGCACAAUGCUGUGCCCAUAAUAGUUAUGUUCCUGUAGAUGUUGCCUAUAAAUGCAGUGACUCCAUAAUUGGGCACAUAGCUAUUUCAAUAAGAGGUCACGAAUACUUAUGUCCAAAAAUAUGCAAAAUCUCAAAAUGCUACAUUACUUUCAAGACACUGAUGCACAAUUUCUUUAGGAAAAAUGAAACGUUUUAUUUUAAAUGAACUAUGAUGAGCUGCAAGAACAAUCACAAAGAAUGUAAACAAAGGAGCGUGCAAAUAAGUCACAAUGACUGCAGUGCAAAUGAAGAGUAGUGCAAAUAAACAUUUAUGA